AGUACUUUUUAGGACUAACAUGUCAAAGGAUUGCGUGCUUAAGAUAGUUCUCCUCAUACUUCCCAUACUAUUAAAGCUUAAGAAUGCGACUCGCCUUUGUUUUUACGAUAGUCCUGGGAGAGCGUAGGUGUAUGCCAUUAGUGGACCUGGGGCGAGUUUUAAAAGGAAGGGUAAGACUAGGGCAUUUUGGUUUCGCCUCUCGCGAGGCUUGCACGGGUCUCGCGUGGUGAAAAACAAAGAAAUACUAUUUCUGCUACUCAUUUUGUACCAGCUUCAGGCUUACCAUAAAAGAUGUGAAAUUACACCUUGGCCCAAAAACAUAUAUUAGUUUUACCAGCUGGAUAUUCUUGACAAAAAAAAAUUUGUCAGCUGGGAAGGGACGUUAUCGUGUGAACGAGCAAGAUAUGAGAUAGCCGGACCUCCCAACCUCGUUCUCAGGAUCUUUUCCCUUAGAAGGGAAAGGGCCCUGGGAAUAAGGUAGCAGACCUCUAACAGGGGCCUGCGCCUGUGCCAUGAGCCUCGGUACCAGAAAAGCCGGGCUUGGGUUAGUGAUGACCUUGGCGACGCCUGCACAAAUAAUUUUUCUCAUCACGAGAAAGAUAAACGAAUAUAGCUUAACUUUGGUAACGCGAGAAAGAUUUCACAUGGUGAAACUCCCCGCUAGCUGCUAGGAGCUGCAUUCCUCUCCCCAGUCCCCACACGACUCCCUCCUUCUCCCCUCCCCUCUCCCCUCCGGCCUCCCUCUCCGAUUCUCUCCACAAUAGCUCGCGUAUUUUAUCAGAAAUAAAGAUGCGCGGUUACCAAUGGCAGAACAGUUAAUAACGAACGAAGUAAAGGAGGCUGUGCCUGAUAAAAGUGUUGGCGAUCAGAGGAGCAUUAUUUUGAAAAUGGUUCAUAUCGUUGCUGUAGGACUCUCUCUGCUGGUGAUCUGGCUUGCUCAACCUGGAUCAAGUCUGUUUUCAUGGCAUCCUACUCUGAUGGCCUUGGGUUUUUGCUUCCUGAUGAUUGAAGCAAUCCUGAUGUUUUCACCCCAAAGCUCUCUCAUCGCCUCGGUUCCUCGUGCUACCAAGGUCAGACUACACUGGAUACUUCAAACCUCAGCUGUGAUUGCUGCCUUGGGAGGCUUUGCUGCCAUCUACUACAACAAAAAUAUUUACAACAAACUCCACUUUCAAAGCUGGCAUGGAUGCCUGGGGUUAUGUACUGUGAUUGUUAUCUGUCUCCAAUCUCUGCAAGGUGUUGGGGUAUUGUACUCAAAGCUACCACUUGCCAGCAUGUUGAAGCCUAGACAACUGAAACAACUGCAUGCCAUGUGUGGGUCAUUGGUGUAUCUUUUUUCCUGCGUCACUCUUUGCUUGGGUUUUUAUUCAAACUGGUUUGUGAAGAACACAAACAUCUAUGUCCAGGGGGGGAGUGUGAUAUCAGCUAUAUGUCUGAGCAGUAUUGUGAUUGGACAAGUUUAUACAGAGUAUGGCUUGAAGAGACAUCCAGGAAAAUAAUUUAGUUAAAAAUAGGCACAGCUGACAUCUCUGUUAAUGGAGAGCCCUAGAAAGCAUCAAAAAUACUUUGGAAAAUAUGCUACAAGUGUAGUCUCUUCAAUAAUAUUCCAAAAAGGAAAGACUAAUUAUAAAACCACUGUUUGUCAGUGAUUUACCUGUAGUCAACUCACUUGAAAAAAAACAUCCACUGUAAUUGCAAACAAGCACUCCAAAGGUUUCAAUAAAUUAUCACAAAAAAGGAGCAAAUA